GCCCGAGGACCUGCUGAACAUGCAGCACUGUAAUCUGCUGUGUCUUCCCGAGAACUAUCAGAUGAAAUAUUACUUCUACCAUGGCCUGUCCUGGCCUCAGUUAUCUUAUGUUGCUGAGGAUGAGAAUGGCAAGAUUGUUGGAUAUGUCCUUGCUAAGAUGGAAGAAGACCCAGAUGAGUUGCCUCAUGGUCACAUUACGUCAUUGGCAGUGAAGCGAUCACAUCGACGUCUCGGCCUCGCCCAGAAAUUAAUGGAUCAAGCCUCACGCGCCAUGGUGGAAUGCUUCAAUGCUAAAUAUGUGUCCCUCCACGUCCGGAUGAGCAACCGAGCUGCACUGCAGUUGUACCAGACUACGCUUAAAUUCUCAAUCAGCGAAAUUGAGCCCAAGUACUAUGCUGAUGGGGAGGAUGCAUACGCUAUGAAGAGAGACCUCGGUCACAUCCCAAGCUUGCAGAGAAAGGCCGGGAUGAAAGAGAUCAAGGGCCCUGAGAAGGAGGACGACAAAGCUGACGGCUCGCAAGAAAGCCCAGAUGCCAAAGCAGUGAUGGCAGGGGCCAAGGAUGGGAAACCCAGCGACACGUCGCGUCUGGAGGACAAGGAUAAAGGCGCGCAGGGCAAGACCGAGAAUGGCACGGGCACGGCCGGCAAGGGGAAGGGUGGUACGGAGCACCGGCCCGGGGAGAAAUCCAAGAGAAGCAGGAAGAAGGCAAGGGAUGCUGCCGCUAGGGCCGAAGAACGGGCCAACGAGUCCAAAGAGAAGAAAGAGAAGGGCAAGGAUGUCAGCUAACACUUGCACAUCCUUGUCCGUAACUGAAGUUAGUUUGAUUUCGUUGUAGGGUUUCUUAUGUUAAGUUCUCGUUUGUGCCCAAUGUGGUCAUUCAAUUUUUUCCUUCACUUCCCCUAAGUUGUGUAUCAAUAGGCCUAAUUUUUGCAUGGCAUGUAACCCACGGCCGAGCACUAAAUGCAUACAUGUAUAUUAAUAAUCGUAUACUGCGCUGCCUUUCAACAUGACCUCAAUAUGAGAUAAUCACAUGGUCAUUGUGACCUCAUGAAAAUAAGGUCUUUACUAAGAAUAUUUGAAUCCUCUAUGCCGAUUGGUCAAUCCAUGGCAACAACAGUUGGAUAUUAUCAGUUAUCCCACAAGCCCGAGUGGAACACGGAAUAAUGCAGUGCGUCUGACGUGUGCACAGACGCACUACAUUUUCUUUUCCGCGAGCGCGAAAAUGAAUUUAUUUCCAAGCUAACUUGACGCACAGUAAAGUUGGAACUGACCCCGUUUACAUGGACCUUUAAGCGGUUUAGCGCAUGCAGCUGGAAUGGCGCUCGCGUCUUGGAAUAGUGCAAUACAAAGUGUGCGAUGGACCGUGCGUUACGGUAUAAUAUCAUGGAUCGACUAAUUAGGAUCAAGGAUACAAGUUUGCUUGAAGAUGUCCCAU